AUGGCGGACGUCAAGGUGUCCAAGGUGCCAGUGAACCCUCCCACCCCGCCUCCCGUGGUGCAGAAGACCCCCGUGGUCGUGGAAAAGCCCGUGGUCGUGCACGCCCAGCCGAGACCGCUGCCCCCGCCCCCUCAACCUAAGAAAGUGGUGGUGAAGCCGCCCAAGCGCAUCGGUGCCUUCCGCGGGGGUUUCACGGGCUUUUUGCUCGGGGUCACCGUCACCGGGGCCGGCGCCUACUACUACUUGUUGGACGAGUACAAGAAGGCCAACAACGUCAUCAUGGCCGACAUCAUCGCGUUGCAGACGCUGAUCGCCCGGUUGGAGGAGCUCCAGAAGCGCUAA